AUGGCUUCUGCAGCACAAACAACUUCAACUUUCAAAGAUGGCGCCUGGCACGGCGUCAUCGAGCCUGAGGGGCAGUUUCCGCCAGAGAAAGGCAGAUACCACAUGUAUAUCGGUCUCUUCUGCCCCUUCGCACACCGCGUAAACCUAAUCCGCCACCUGAAAGGCCUCACAGAUAUCAUCGACAUCUCCAUCGUAAAACCGUAUCCGAAGGGCGACUUGACUGGGAAGCCAGGAUGGAAGUUCCCUACCGCGGACGACCCAUACGAGGGCGCUACUGAAGACCAUUUAUUUGGCAGCAAGUACCUGAACGAGGUCUACUUUAGGGAAAAGAAAGAUUAUGAAGGGAGAUAUAGUGUUCCCGCCCUCUGGGACAAGAAGACGAACCAAAUGGUCAACAACGAGAGCUUAGAGCUCCUGCGGAACUUCAAUACUGGCUGGAAUUCGAUCUUACCAGACGAAUACAAGAAAAUAGAUUUUUAUCCAGAACACUUGAGGAAGGAGAUUGACGAGAUAGGGAAGUGGAUGCAGGACGAUAUUAAUACCGGGGUUUACAAGGCGGGUUUCGCUCCGGAUCAGGCAACGUAUGACAAGAAUGUUGUGCCCGUAUUCAAGGCUCUGAAUCGGAUGGAGGAGCUGCUCGCAAAGACUGGCGGGCCAUAUAUCCUCGGUUCUGAGUUGACCGAGCUCGAUUUACGUCUGUUUCCCACGCUGAUCAGAUUCGAUCCGGUUUAUGUGCAGCACUUCAAGUGCAACUUAGGAACUAUUCGACACGACUACCCAUUGCUGAAUAACUGGAUGAAGAACUUAUAUUGGAAUGUACCAGCUUUCAAGGAGACGACGGAUUUCAGGCAUAUUAAGGAAAAUUAUACAAAGAGUCAUUGGGACAUCAAUCCAAAGGCGAUCACGCCCAUGGGCCCAAUUCCAGAUAUUGAAAGUGGAGUUGAAAAGGAUUGGAGUAAAAUAAAGGCGGGAGGUGUCCAACUGCCUGCUUAA